GAAAGGUCACAACCUUGAAAACCCUAUGGAGCAGUUCUGCUCUGCAGGGAUGGGAUUGCCAUGAGUCAGAAUCUUCUCAACAGCAACUAACAACAACAGGUACCUCUGGAAGUGGGAGUGAAGCCAAGCGCUAAAGUAAAGAAGAUUGCAUAAAAGCUGUUUAGGAAGUUACAUCUCCUCCCCAACUCCAGCUGACUGGAAGACUGUCCUUUCCCCACCCCAGAAGAAGAAUGAAGGGUUUAUCCCGCCCCUGGAGAGUAUAAAACACGGAGUCUGUAUAGUAGGGGACACAAAAGUAUAUUUGCUGUGUAAAACUAAUAAAGCCUCAGGCCCUUCACUUACAUGGACUUUUUCAAACGCCCUGGAAGGAACCUGAGCCAUGCGUUCCCAUGGGCCUGUGUUUUUGUGAACUUUGAAAACGUAAGUAUUUAAACGGCCAUCAGUUAAGAAAGCCUCUAUCUUCACUUCAUACUUUUUCUGCUUCAUUCUGUCCCUCAUGUCAGGUAGAUAUGGAGUAGCCUUGGCUUUUAGGGGGGAUGGGACUAAGGAGAGUUGAGCUGGAAAUAUACCAUUUUAACUGCAAUUUGUAAAGACACUUUUGGGAAAUUAUAAUAAGACACGUGACUUCUGAGUUGGAAAUACAUGAAGACUAUACCUUUUUUGAUCAUUAUUAAAUUUAUUAAAAAACUAUGGUAAAUUUAGAUUAAAAAUAAUGAAUACAAAAGUGACAAAGGUGAGCAAUUAAAUACAGAUUAUCCUGAAAUCAAGCAAAUUGUAACAAAAAAAUUAUUUUAAUUGUACCAAAAGCUAGUAAUUCAUUGAAAGAAUGAGAUACAUUUUAAAUAAGGGUGAUGUUUGUUUGCCGAUCCAGUUAAGGAAGAGGAGGAGGAAAUCUUAGGAAUACAUUGACAUUUCUAGUGGAUUUAACAAAUACAUAACAGAGAUAACAUAAAACUCAUUAUAUGCCCUCCUACAAAGACAUCGGUGGCAAGCUGGUUACUGUCAUUAAUUCGAAGAACAUUUAAGAUUAGUUGCUAUAUAAGAAAACUUGAAACGUGCCCUGGAAUCCUACAGUUCAUUUAUGAAAGAAACAUGAGAUUUUCCUAAAUUUGACAACACUCCUAAAAUUUAUAGGAUAUUACUAGUAAGCUGAAAAAGAAACUUUUCUAAUACUCUCAGUAAUAGGAAACAAAUUUCAAUCAACCAUGCUAGAGGAAAGACUGAGUUAUCUUUGUAUUCUCUCCAGGGAAAUGUUACCAACUCUGUCAUCUGAAAAGGCAAUCAAAGGUUGUAUAGCCAAAAAAUGUAGGGGAAAAAAUAUAUAGAUGUGUGUCAGGCAGAUGAUUAGUAAAAAUACUAGGUUAGUCUUGAUUUUCUGUUGUUUGUGUUGUUAGCUCUUUAUAACUUGUAAUUUGUUGUGCUUUUUUCUCUGUCUAAAUAAAUACUUUCAUACCUAUUUUUAUAUUUGUAAUUUUAUAUUAUUUUUCUUUAAAAGGGCACAUAAAAUGAUUCUAAUCUUGAGGCCCACAAAACCCAAAUCCAUCCCUGAGAGGACAUCAAGCACAGUUGAGAGCCGGACUACCAUACUGAAGUCCGGAGGAUUAAGCAAAUGAUUCCUUUCAAGAUUGGGCAGCCCAAGAAACAGAUCAUCCCUAAAACAGUGGAGAGAGACUUUGAAAGGGAGUAUGGAAGACUCCAACAGCUGGAAGACCAGACCAAAAGACUGCAGAAGGACAUGAAGAAGAGCACAGAUGCUGACCUGGCCAUGUCAAAAUCUGCCGUGAAGAUAUCCUUGGACUUACUCUCCAAUCCCCUCUGUGAGCAAGACCAGGAAUUCUUGAAAAUGGUGACAGCCCUGGAUACAGCCAUGAAGCGGAUGGAUGCCUUCAACCAGGAGAAGGUAAACCAGAUCCAAAAGACCGUGAUUGAACCCUUAAAGAAGUUUGGAAGUGUCUUCCCAAGCCUCAACAUGGCAGUGAAACGGCGGGAACAGGCCUUGCAGGACUAUAGGAGAUUGCAGGCCAAGGUGGAGAAGUACGAGGAAAAGGAGAAGACAGGGCCAGUGCUGGCCAAACUCCACCAGGCCCGGGAAGAGCUUCGGCCUGUGCGGGAUGACUUUGAAGCCAAAAACAAGCAGCUCCUGGAUGAGAUGCCGCGGUUCUACAACAGCCGACUCAACUACUUCCAGCCCAGUUUUGAGUCCCUGAUCCGAGCCCAGGUUGUGUACUACUCAGAAAUGCAUAAGAUCUUUGGAGACCUGACUCAGCAGCUUGACCAGCCAGGCCACAGCGAUGAGCAGCAGGAGCGAGAGAAUGAGGCCAGACUAAGUGAGCUCAGAGCCCUCUCUAUUGUGGCUGAUGACUGAAUUCCCAUCUUCCUCCAAAGACUGCUGGGAC